AGAAAACUGGUGCGCUAGUUUAGCUAGCCAACCAGAAAAUAACAAAUCACUUUAAUCUGACGCAGUAUUAUAGUUUUGAGAAGCCCCGUCCCCAACCCAUGCGCAUUACUUUUGCAGGAUUAGCCCUUCGGAUUAGAGAAUGACUGUCUCCGGUGUCAUGCUGAGAUUAUGGGAUGUGUUGUAAACAAGACAAGGAGCUCAUUCACAGCUUGUAUAGCUAACCUGGCUAACUGGCUAGCUGACAGUUAGGGAGACUAUAAGAACAAAUGAAAUACAAACUAGUUACGGGAUCACUGUCCAUAGUACGACCAUGAGUUCUAACGCCGAACGAAAAUUUAUUAAUCUACGCAAACGUCUGGAUCAGUUGGGGUACAGGCAACCUUUAAGCAUUGAAUCAUUGCCGUUGGUCGAAAAACUUUUUAGUGAUCUCGUACACACAACUGAAAGCUUAAGGAAUGCCAAGCUCUUAGCUGGGAAGACCGAGAAGGAGAGUCGGAAUCUCGAUGCUCUGCUGGAGCCCUAUAAAACAGAGAACGCCCGGCUGGUCCGAGAGAAUAAUGAGCUACACUUGGGGUUUCUCAAACUGAGGGAGGACAAGGAUCGAACCACUCGAGAGCUGAAGGCUUACAUCAGGAAAUUGGACCAUGAGACCUCAGAUCUGAAGUUCCUCAACAAUCAGUACGUACAUAAGGUGCGUGCCUUGGAGAAAGAUGGCAAAGCCAAAACAGAACGCAUCCAGCAACUCCAGGAAAAGAACAUGCAAGCUGUAGUGCAGACACCAGGGGGGAAAAAGAGGCCAAUUCCUUUCAGACGCCAACGUAUGCAGAUAGAUGAGCUCCUCCCCCCGUCUCAUGGCCCCGCCCCUCCUGCUGUGUCACAGCCUGAUGACCCAUACAUUGCUGACUUACUGCAGGUAGCGGAUGACAGGAUCCAGGAGCUGCAGCAAGAGGUGACUGCACUGAAGCUGGAUCUAGAGAGAGCUCAGGGAGGACUCAAACACCUUAACACACAGGUGGACGAACGAGACAAGGAGAUUGAGCGUCUGAAUCGGGCUCUGGAUGGAGGCCGACCAUAUGAUGUCAUCUCUCUGGAGGCUCAGAACAUCAGCAGUGAAAAACUUAUUGCGCAUUUGAACUUGCAGGUUGAGUACCUCCAGGAGACGAACAGGACCCUGGAGCAGAGGGUGGAGGAGCUGCAGCAGAGGAGGAAAACGGUCACAAGCGAGGUGACAGACCUGAGUGUCAGGAACCAGGAAUUGUGCCACGAACUCACCCAGAUAGACCAGCUCGCCCAGCAGCUGGAAAGAGACAAACAGAUGGUGCUGGAGACUGCUGACAUGGAACUGCAGGAGGCGAAGAACGAGAUCCAGAGGUUGCACAGGCAAACGGAGGACCUGGAGAAGGUGGUCUCUACACUGAGACGGGACAUGGCUGAUGGUGAUUAUGAGAAGAACCACUUGAGGGACCAGCUGGCAGAAGUGCAGGAGCAGAGUGAGAAGAUGGAGGGAUUGAUACAUUUCCUAGAGGAUGAGAAGAGACGACUGGAGGACAAAGUAGAAAGAAUGACGCAAGCUGAUAAGGAAAUGAUUCUGGAAUUGGAGCGCAUGCGUGUGAGACAUGGCAUGUGCAGUAAAGAGCGCUCUCCAUCUCGCCUGGAUGCCUUUGUGAAGAGUUUGGAGGAGGAGAGAGAUCAUUACAAACAGGAGGUGGAGAGAUACCGCAUGGCAAGGGGCGGGGCAGACAAGGGUCCCGCCCCCAGUCCGUCCAGGGGAAGGAGUCCAAGAGGGCGAAGGAGCUGGUCUGCUAGGGGGUGCAGUGGGGACAUGGAGCUGGCCCAUGCUGUGAGGGGGAGGGAGGAGCUGCAGGCCGCACUGCUAGGCCUCGAGAAACACAUGGAGGACAUCCAGGCUAAAGUCAAACUGCUGACUGCUGAACGGGACCAGCUCAGCAGUCAGUAUCAGCAGGCUCAGGAGGAGCUGAAGAGUGUUCAGAGGGAGUUGGUGUUUUCUUCUGAGCUGCAGCAAACAAUGAGAGAGGAGAGAGAACAGGCAAAUGCUGAACUCCUCCAAGUUACAACAGAAAGAGACUCUCUCCAUGAAAGACUCAAGGUGACUCAGACUUCAGCUCUGACAGACAGAGAGCCGGAGGAUAUGAGAAUCCUGGAUCUCGAGAACACUGUUCAAAUGCUGGAGAGGGAGAAGGCAGACCUGCGCACUCAGGUGGCGGUUCUGAGUGAGAGCCGUGUAGCUGUAGAGCAGGAGCUUAAGACCCGCGCAGCAGCCAUGUUACAGAGUGCAGAGGAGACCGCCCAGCAGAGGGCAGAGAGCAAUGCACUCAGGCUACUGCAGGAGCAGAUGGAGAAGUCCCUUUCCGACAUUCAGCACAGAUUGUCUGUAAAGACCAGCGAACUACAGGCUGCUCACCAACAAAUAGACAAACUAGAGGAGAAAAUUGCUGACCUGAGUAGGCAUGACUUCUCUCAGAAGGAUGAGGUAGCAGUGCUUCAGAAGGCCAUAGCGUCUUUGGAUCAAGAGAAGGACGCUCUGCAGGACGCCGUGGACCAGAAGGCUGAGAGCAUGGUCCUGCUUCAGGACCAGCUGCGCAAGAAGGAAACGACUCUUACAGAGGUCAGACUCGCCAUCAAAGAAAUGGAGACUUCUCUAGAUCAGUUGAAGGGAACGCUGAGCAGUCGUGAUCGGGAGAUUGCUAGCUUGCGCAGACAGCUGGACCAAUCACAAGAAGAGCUCUCAUCAGUGAGCCGGGACAGGGAGAUUGCACUCAGAGAGAACAGACGACUACAGGACGACCUGGCCACCAUGACCAGAGAAAACCAGACUGUGCAUGCCGAGAUGGAAGCGGCUCUGAGUGAGAGAGACGAGCUGAAGAUGAGGGUUCACUCCUACAUCUGUGAGGUGGCCAGGUUUGAGAACAUGAUGGCAGCUAAGGAGCAGGAGAACAGGGAGAUGCUGGAGCGCUUCCGCACGGCGCACUCGCAGGCCGAGGCGCAGGAACUGAAGCUGCAGCAGGCCGAGGGCCUCAACACCUCCAUCCGGCUGGAGCUGCUCUCUUCCGACACGGAGCGCCGGCACCUCCGUGAGAGGGUCUCCCUGCAGGACCAGGAGAUCCAGGAGCACAUGAAUGCGGUGCAGGCGUAUGAGGCCCAGGUGUCUGCGCUGGCACGGGCGAUGUCUCGGCUGGAGGAGGAGUUGCGGUCCGCGCGGGCGGAGAAAACCUCGGUGCUGGCUGACCUCGCCUCUGUACGGGAGCUGUGUGUCAAGCUGGACUCCAGCAAAGAGAUGACUACGCGGCAGCUUACUGCCAAGAGCAUGGAGCUUGAGAGGGUGACAGGUGAGCUGGAGGACACGCGCUCCGAGGCUGAGCUCCUGAAGAAGCAGCUGGCCAGCGAGAAGGUGGCGGUGCGCAACCUGGAGACCCUGCUCUCCUCCAACCGGCAGAAGGAGUUCCACAACCACCUCACCGCCAGCGAGAGGGAGGCGGAGCUGAAGGUGCUCAAAGACCGCCUGGCCCUUGCUGACGGCAAAACGGCAAGCCACACCAGAGAGGUUUCUCAGCUGCGUGGGAAAGUCUCUCAGCUGCAGACAGAGAUGGACGUAUUGAAGAGACAGCUGACAACGGAACGCUUUGAGAGGGAGAGAGCCGUUCAGGAGAUGCGGAGACAGGGUGUGUCCUUCACCUCACUGCAUAGCUCCUCCCCCCUCAGUACUUCUCUCAGUCCCCGCCCCCUCUCCCCUGAACGUUCCGGUUUGCGCACACCAGAAAGCUCUACAGAAAAAUCCCAAGAAAAAAGUGUGAGCUUUAAGGACUGAAGAGGAAGCGACGCAUGCAGGACCCGUGCCCUGGGAACGCCUGCGUCGGUUGUCUCUUCUGAAAGUUACGUGCAAAUGAAUAUU